AAACCACCAAUCCCACAAAACCAAUGCCCUCUCCCUCUCCCUAUCUUCUAGUUUAGUACUACUGCCUCUCUCUCUCUCUCUCUCCUCUCUUUCUUCCCUUCUCUUCUCAAUCUUUACGGGGAAGGAUGAUGAGGGAUGACCCUCUCAUAUAAGAGACGUAACGGACUUUCCAUUAAACGCCGUUACUUCCCUGCCAUUUUUUUGACUCACGUGCCUUCGAAAUAUUUCCUUUCACUUAAUAAUGGUUUUAGAGCAGCAAUUAAACUUGGCAACAAAUACCGUUCACGGCGACCCCACUAACGUCGUUGACAAUCGCCCACCGUCCAUCGACGGCGGAGAUGACGGCAGCAAAGCCCCUAGACUCCCUCGCUGGACUAGGCAAGAGAUUCUCGUCCUCAUACAAGGCAAGAAAGUCGCCGAGAACCGGGUAAGGCGAGGCCGGACGGCCGGCAUGGCUUUCGGCUCCGGUCAGGUCGAACCCAAGUGGGCGUCGGUUUCAUCAUACUGUAAAAGGCACGGGGUGAACCGGGGACCCGUUCAGUGCCGCAAGAGGUGGAGCAAUUUAGCUGGUGAUUAUAAGAAGAUAAAAGAAUGGGAAACUCAGAUACGCGAGGAAACGGAGUCGUUUUGGGUGAUGAGGAACGACUUAAGGAGGGAAAGGAAAUUGCCAGGCUUUUUCGAUAGGGAGGUUUAUGAUAUUCUGGAUGGAGUUGGGGGUGUUUCGCCGGCCGCGCCGGGGCUCGCGCUGGCUUUGGCUCCAUCGACGGAGCCUGCGGAAGAUGUGGAAAUGGUUUUUGAUAGCGGGAGGAGCGCGGCGGCUGAAGAUGGGCUCUUUUCAGACUUUGAGCAGGAGGAGGCCAGUGGGAGUCCAGACAAGGUGGCGUCUGCUGCUAAGGAGGUUCCACCAAUAAAGGCGGCAGCGGCGGGAGUGGCUGCUCCUGUACCAAUUUCAGAGAAGCAGUACCAACCAGCUCUACAAGCUGAUCAAGCUCAAGGUACAACGAAUGAGAAACAUCCUGCUUCCAAUCCUGAGGUGGGUUCUGCUUCACACGAGAAUCGGAAACGGAAACGACUCACAACAGACGGGGAUGAAGAAACAAUCAAUGUCCAGAAUCAGUUGAUUGAUGUCUUGGAAAAGAAUGGUAAGAUGCUUACUGCUCAACUUAAAGCGCAGAACACCAAUUUCCAGCUGGACCGGGAGCAGCGGAAGGACCACGCAGACAGCUUGGUUGCUGUUCUUAAUAAGCUUGCUGAUGCUCUCGGCAAAAUUGCUGAUAAAUUGUAGCAGAAGGCAAUCUGAAGACUGUACAUAAUGAAGUUCCUCUCUUAGUUCCAUAGAAGAUAGUUGGGGUUGAAGUAUUGGUGAAUUAAUUUUGAAGAUUUGUCUAGGACCACAUUCAAGAUGGCUUUCACAUCCUUUUUGUUUUCUUCCAUUCUCUGAAUAUUUUUUUUCUUUACAUUUUGACACUUUUUGGCUUUGCGCUGCCUAUAGGGUUCAUACACAGAUAAUAAACUUGAAGAUUUUAGUGUA